UCCUGCAGGUGGGAAGGGAGCUGGAGUGUCUGCGUGAGGUUUUUGUGGGUUUAAUCUGAUUCCCUUCAUCAGACUCGGCUAAGAUAAGAGGAGGUGGAGGAAUGCUGGAGGGCCCGGUGCAGACCCGCUCUUAAACCCCAGCAGAGAGCCAUGUCUGGCCCUGACUCCUGUGUGUCGUGCUCCACAAUAAGCUUCUAGAGAUGGACAGCUUGUCUCGUGAGUCUGACUUUCAGCAGAACGGACACUGCUGGAGUCCAGAUGUGUCUCCUGGGACGGUUGUGGAUUUUAAAGAUGCUUUUGGAGUGACUAUAAAACAGUGCGACCCUGCAGCACCUGAGCAGCACCUCGCAGCGAYGUCCUGCCCUGCGCCCGUGAGCCCAUCAGAGGACGUGCUGAGGGUCGUGAAGCACAAACCCAGCGCCAUCGUGUUCUGUGACUACGCCUGCAGCGCUGACAGCCAGGUGCUCAGUGUCAACGAGAGCUCUGAUGGGGCCUCCUCCUCCUCCUCCACGUCUAAAGGAGAGGAGAGUGAUUAUGAUGAUGAUGAAUUUCCUGAGGCGUUACAAUACAGGGAAUUCCUGGUGAGUCGCCAUCGUCGAAGCCUGAGCAGGAACAGAAAGUGCACGAGGAGGAGGCCGGAUGUCCUGCUCCACGGCAGCAGCAAGAGCAAAGCUGAGUUCACAGGAAGCAGGGAGGAAGAGGAGGAUCAGCAGGCGUGUGACUCCAUGACCUUGCUAAUGAAAAAGUUGGAUCACCUCAACGACGGAAACCAAGAAGUCCAGACUGCUGCGUCCUGCUCCUCACACGUAGCAGGUGCUGACGAGGAGCAGCAGAGCAACACAGUUGUCAUAAGCAGGAUGGUGAGCCGGGUCAGUCAGGACCACGGGGUCUACAGAAGUCCAGAAAAACCGGAACCGUUCACCAGGAGUCGCCUGCGACCCCUGACCCGCAGCAAACCGCUGACCCGCUCCUCCCUCUCGUCCCCUGCACACCUCCAGGCUCGACGUGCCAGGGUUGCUGCAAAGAUGACCCGUGGAUCAGCAGAGAUUGAGGCGAAGGAAGCUUGUGAUUGGCUUCGAGCGGCGGGAUUUCCACAAUAUGCACAGCUCUAUGAAGAUUCCCAGUUUCCAAUCGAUAUUUCCUCAGUCAAAAGGGACCACGACUUCCUGGACCGGGAUCUGGUUGAGCCGUUGUGUCGACGUUUAAAUACUCUGAACAAGUGCGCCUCCAUGAAACUUGAUAUCAGUCAUCCUAAGAAGAAAAGCGAUGACUCAGAUGAAGAUGACCCACUGGCCAUCAGUAAAAGGUGGACGUUUGAGUGGAGCAGUCGACGCUGGUCUCGCUUACAAGACAUCCUGUCAGACAGCACCAAUGAGAGCAGUCCAACAGGUCAGGGGGAGGGUCUUCACAGCACGGUGAGCAGCGAGAGCGUUCUAACGGACCUGAGCGAGCAGGAGAUCACAGAAACCUCCUCGCUCCACAGCGAAGACUCCGCCUCUGCUUUGCCCGACUCAGUAUCCAUGGCGUCCCUCUCCGCUUCCUACCAGCCRCCGAGGGAACUUCCACAUUACAACUCCCUGCCAAUCAAAGGCAAUCGCCACAGGCAAGGAGGGCGGAAUAAAGCCAAAGAGUUUCUGCGCCGAAUGGAACUAAUGCGCACUUGGGGUCCAUCGACAAGGAGGAAAAGCUCAAGUCGGAGGCCACCACUGGUCAUCAGCGGGCCGGUGUUGCAGGGGGAGGAGCCUCAGGCACUUCAGAUGCUUCAAUGCACUCCAAUCAGCCAAUUACAAAGUAGUCCAAAAGACAACAAUCAAGAUGACGGUGAUGAUUCCUCUGUUUUUGUUAAUGACGACAGUAAAGACCAAAUUACGAGUGUGAGCCCCAGCAAUGAGGCAACACUUCUUAAUGUUCAGGAACCUGCAUGCACAAAACCCCGCACUGCCAGCAAGAGAAGCAGCAUGUAUCUGGAGGACAUGGAGUUACCUUCUCAGGGUAAGAGGACUGAAGGGCAGAGCCACUUUGGUAGAAACCACUUCCAUUCAUAUGAAAACCUCCUCAUUCACAUCCCCAAAGACCAUAAACCGGGCACUUUUCCCAAAGCCCUGUCCAUAGAAAGCCUGGCACCUUCUCCCAGCGACAGCAACAAUGGCCCCCAGUCGUGUGCUCAAACAGAAAAUGGCCCGGGCAAGCCCUGGUCCGGUAAACUGUUGUCAAAACCAGGUUGUCCUGCAGCUCCACGGGGCAGCAGGGUGAGCGUCUACGACAACGUACCAGGCUCACACCUGUACGCCAGCACUGGAGACCUGUUGGACCUGGAGAAAGAGGACAACCUUUUUCCUCACCUGGACGACAUCAUCCAGCACGUCAGUGGUUUGCAGCAGAUAGUGGACCACUGGAGCCGCAAUGUGCUGCCUGAGGGGGAAACAGGGGAGGAAGAAGGGGAGGGCAGGACCACCCCCAGCGAAGGUGAGCGGGACGGGGUCUCUUUAAACGACACAGAUUCAACGGGGACCAGUCGGGAGAGACGGGACUCUGGAGUCGGGGCCUCCCUCACCAGACCUCGUCUACGAUGGCCCAGUUUCCGAACCUCAGAUCAUCUCAACCAGCCAGCAUCUUCCCUGCAGAUCAGCAGCCAGUCAGCAGGCCAGCUGAGCCUGCUGCAGAAGUUUUCUUUGCUUCACCUCACCGCCAUCAUGGAGAAAUACUCGAUGUCGAACAAACACGGCUGGUCGUGGUCUGUGCCAAAGUUUAUGAAGCGUAUGAAGGUGCCAGACUACAAAGAGAAGAGUGUGUUUGGUGUUCCCCUUAUUGUCCAUGUCCAGCGCUGUGGGUUUCCUCUCCCCCUGUGUUUACAGCAAGCCCUCUGCCACCUCAGAACUCACUGUCUGGACCAGGUGGGUUUGUUCCGUAAAUCUGGCGUGAAGUCUCGCAUUCAGGCUCUGAGGCAGCAGUGUGAGUUCAGUCCCGAUUAUGUGAGCUACGAGGACCAGUCGGCUUACGACGUGGCCGACAUGGUCAAGCAGUUCUUCAGGGAUCUGCCCGAGCCCCUGCUUACGAGCAAGCUGGGGGAAACCUUCCUGCAUAUUUACCAGUAUGUUCCUAAGGAACAGAGGUUGCAGGCGGUCAGAGCAGCCAUCUUGCUGAUGCCAGAUGAAAACAGGGAGGUUCUGCAGACGCUGCUCUACUUCCUGCGUGAUGUCACCUCCCUGGUCGAGGAGAACCAGAUGACCCCGAUGAACCUGGCUGUUUGCUUGGGACCAUCGCUCUUCCACCUCAGCAUCCUGAAGAACGACACGCUGUCACCAAGGUCGAUUCAGAGGAAGUACACCACGGGCCGUCCAGAUCAGAAAGAUCUGAACGAGAACCUGGCUGCCACUCAGGGUCUGUCACACAUGAUCAUCGAGUGCCAGCAUCUCUUCCAGAUCCCAGAGGAAAUGGUGACCCAGUCUCGUAACUCGUACAUGGAGGCGGCGCUGAUGGUGCCCCCGCUGGAUGAGCUGUGCAAGAGUCACGAGGAGGAAGUGGUGGACGAAGACGUGGAAGACGAGGACGAGGAGGGUUCCUAUCAUGCGCACUUAGAAAGGGCAAUCCAGAACCUGCUGAAGGAGGCCAAAGAUAAAGGCAAAGGCUGGGUGUCCCGCCCAUCCUCUGACCACACAGAGCUGGCAUUUAAAAAGGUUGAAGAUGGUAACCCUUUAAGGCGGUGGCGGGUUUCGGUCGAGGUGUCGGCGGCUCCCUGCGAGGUGCUGCAGCGGCUGCUGAGAGAGCGCACCCUGUGGCAGGCUGAACUCCAGCAGGAGAAGGUCCUGGAGACGCUGGACAAACAGACGGACGUCUAUUAUCACUCCUGCUGUAACAUGGCACCUCAGCCUAUUUGUGACUACGUGGUACUAAGGUCGUGGCGUGCAGACGUGUGCAAAGGCUCCUGUGUGCUGGUGUGUGAGUCUGUCGAACACGAGGACAGCCCACGCACCGGAGCCGUGAGGGGCGUCGUGUUGGAGUCGCAGUACCUCCUGGAGCCCUGUGGGACGGGGAGGACCAGGCUCACACACAUCUCCAGAGUUGAUCUCAGGGGCAGAUCUCCAGAAUGGUACAACAAGGCCUUUGGUCAGCUGUGUGUCAGUGAAGCUCACAGGAUCCGCUCGUCUUUCCUCCCGUUAGAUCUGAGUCCUGAAGCCAAGAUCUGAGCCCCCAAAUGCCCAGCUUCGUCCCGGGGGCUCCAGAGGCUAAUCAUCCACAUUCACGGUGCUGAGCCAUACUGUACUGACUUAGAGUUUGUUAUUUUUCAUAGCGUCAGGUGUCUUUAAUCUGCAUUGUACUUAUUUAUAUUGUAAAUUAUACAUUUCAAAGCCAGUUUUGAGUCCAGGGUUAGUUUCCAGUUCUGUAAGUGAAACAAGUUGUUCAGAUCCUUUGAAUUCAUGUUUAAAAUCAUGUAUUUUAAGGAGGGUGAGCUUUUAUAGACAGAAAGUACUUUUUAUUAUUUAUUGUUUAGUUUGGUUUUAAACAUCAGCAUUGUAAAAAUAAAAAAGGUUGACGAGAACAGCCAGCAUCAGUAAUUAUGAUUAUAAUUUGUUUUGUUUAUUCUUUGGUCCUCUGUGACUCUAUUUAAAUGUUAACACUAUAUCAACUUUUUUUUUGAAAGUGGCGUAAAAAAACAUGUAUACUCUAAAAAUAUGGAUUUGUGGCAGCACUGUGUUGUGAAAAGUGCACUUGUUUAACGAAAAAGGACUGCAGGAGAAAUCUGAACCACAUCAAGGAGACACUUAAUGGGUCCAUAAMUUAGCUUUAAAUAAUUUUACGUUGGAUUUUCACAUUUCUGUUCCUACGUUCAGUGAUGAUUUAAUCCAAAAGAACGAGUCGCUGUUUGAAAGUGUUUUGUCAUUUUACCUUUGUAUAUGAUGUAUUUUGUUCUGACAUAUUAUAUGAUGUCCAAGACAUGUUACCAUUUCACUGCUUCUGGGAAGCAUGUUUGAAAUUGUGUGUGUGUUUGUGUGUGUGUAAGUGUGUGUGUGUGCGUGUGUGUGUGUGUGUGUGUGUGUGAGUGUGUGUUACAGGCUGUACUGUAAAUAUCAGCGCUCUCUGUGCCAUCGCAGCUCUUCAGGGUCUUCCUAUCAUAUUGAUAAAGUGAAGUGUGAGCUUUCCACACAAUUUCCUUAUAAAGCAAUAGCAGACUUAAAAAAACAACGGGCUCUGCCUUGGCACCAGCUUGGCUUUUAUUUUUAUGUUUGGCCAUGGCGAUGCUAUGAUUAUAAUAUCUCCUUAGUGCCACUAUAAUCCUGCGUGGAUGCCUUUUGUUGGGGGAACAGUGGCGUCGUGUGCAGGUGUGUGCAGUCGCGUGUGUGCGUGAGCAGGUUGGUGAAAGMGUGUGUGACUUUGACGUGAGACCUCGAGGCCUCCAAACCAAACUGAGCAGCUGAGAGCAGGAUGAUCUGUGCGUGUUAUUUCUAAAUGAAAGCAUUGUUUCUGAAAAGGAGAAUAAAAAUAAUCAAAAAAUGA